GCUCUCCCUAGGCCCCGCCUUCAGCCCAGCCUGGGGUCGCAGCCGGCCCCCGGAGGGGACGCCGACGUCGGCACGCCGGGGCGGGGCCGGCGGGAGAAGACGCGCGUGUUUGGGGCGUGGGCUCCCUCGCGAGCCUUUGGCCGGCUGCGCUCCCCGGCAGCCGCUCUCGCCGGAGCCGAGUCCGCUUCCGAGGCCGCCGGUGGGCGGCAUACGCCGCGCCUGCGCAGCGCUGGGGCGCUGCGGGCCGCUCAGGCGGCCAUGGCGCACCGCUGCCUGCUGCUGUGGGGCCGGGGCGGCUGCUGGCCCCGCGGCCUCCCGCCGCUGCUCGUGCCUGGCGCCGGCCUGGGCCUCAGCCAGCGGCCCUGCCUCCGGAGGUUUUACCGAUAUGCUACAACUCAGGCGGCAGCCAGCAGAAAUUCCCUCUUGACAGAUAUGAUUGCUGCUUAUCAGAGAUUUUGUUCUCGCCCGCCGAAAGGAUUUGAAAAAUACUUUCCGAAUGGGAAAAAUGGAAAAAAUGCUAGUGAACCUAAAGAAGCUGUGGGAGAGAAAAAAGAAUCAAAACCAGCAUCUACCUCACGCUCUUCUGGAGGAGGCGGUGGUGGCGGUGGAAAGCGAAGCAGCAAGAAAGAUGAUUCUCACUGGUGGUCCAGGUUCCAGAAGGGUGACUUUCCAUGGGACGACAAGGACUUCAGGAUGUACUUUCUCUGGACUGCUCUGUUUUGGGGUGGAAUCAUGCUUUACUUCUUGUUCAAGAGCUCGGGGAGAGAAAUUACUUGGAAGGACUUUGUCAAUAACUAUCUUUCUAAAGGAGUAGUAGACAGACUGGAAGUCGUCAACAAGCGUUUUGUUCGAGUGACCUUUACACCAGGAAAAACUCCGGUUGAUGGGCAGUACGUCUGGUUUAACAUUGGCAGUGUAGACACCUUUGAGCGGAAUCUGGAAACUUUACAGCAAGAAUUGGGCAUAGAAGGAGAAAACCGGGUGCCUGUUGUCUACAUUGCUGAAAGUGAUGGCUCCUUCCUGCUGAGCAUGCUGCCCACAGCACUCAUCAUCGCCUUUUUACUGUACACCAUAAGAAGAGGGCCUGCUGGCAUCGGGCGGCCCGGCCGGGGCAUGGGUGGACUCUUCAGUGUUGGAGAAACCACUGCCAAGGUCUUAAAGGAUGAGAUAGACGUGAAGUUCAAAGAUGUGGCUGGCUGUGAGGAGGCCAAGCUAGAAAUAAUGGAAUUUGUGAAUUUCUUGAAAAACCCGAAACAGUAUCAAGACCUAGGAGCAAAAAUCCCAAAGGGUGCGAUUCUCACUGGUCCUCCAGGCACUGGGAAGACACUGCUAGCUAAGGCCACAGCUGGAGAAGCCAACGUCCCCUUCAUCACCGUUAGUGGAUCCGAAUUUUUGGAGAUGUUUGUUGGUGUGGGUCCAGCUAGAGUGCGAGACUUAUUUGCCCUGGCUCGGAAGAAUGCUCCUUGCAUUCUCUUCAUUGAUGAAAUCGACGCUGUGGGACGGAAGCGAGGAAGAGGCAACUUUGGUGGGCAAAGUGAACAGGAAAACACACUCAACCAGCUGCUGGUGGAGAUGGAUGGAUUUAAUACAACAACAAAUGUUGUCAUUUUGGCGGGUACCAAUCGGCCGGAUAUCCUGGACCCAGCACUGAUGAGACCAGGGCGUUUUGACAGGCAGAUCUUUAUUGGACCACCAGACAUAAAAGGAAGAGCCUCUAUUUUCAAAGUUCAUCUGCGGCCACUAAAACUGGACAGUGCCUUGGAGAAGGAGAAGCUGGCCAGAAAAUUGGCAUCCUUAACUCCAGGAUUUUCAGGAGCGGAUGUUGCCAAUGUCUGUAACGAAGCCGCCUUGAUUGCUGCAAGACACCUUUCAGAUUCCAUAAAUGAGAAACAUUUUGAACAAGCAAUUGAACGAGUGAUUGGGGGCUUAGAGAAGAAAACCCAGGUCCUGCAGCCUGAGGAGAAGAAGACGGUGGCAUACCACGAGGCCGGCCACGCAGUCGCCGGCUGGUACCUGGAACAUGCCGAUCCGCUCCUCAAGGUAUCUAUCAUCCCCCGUGGCAAAGGAUUGGGUUAUGCUCAGUAUUUACCAAAAGAACAAUAUCUGUAUACCAAGGAGCAGCUCCUGGAUAGGAUGUGCAUGACUUUAGGUGGCCGUGUGUCGGAGGAAAUAUUCUUUGGGAGAAUUACCACCGGUGCUCAGGACGACCUGAGAAAAGUGACUCAGAGCGCCUAUGCCCAGAUCGUGCAGUUUGGCAUGAAUGAGAAGGUCGGGCAGAUCUCCUUCGACCUCCCACGCCAGGGCGACAUGGUGUUGGAGAAGCCAUACAGUGAAGCCACCGCAAGACUGAUAGAUGAUGAAGUGCGAAUACUUAUUAAUGAGGCUUACAAGAGAACAGUAGCGCUUCUUACAGAAAAGAAAGCUGACGUGGAGAAGGUAGGCGCAGCUGUAUAAACAAUCUCUGUGCAGUGA